GUUUUCCUUCCCCGCGUUCCUUCGACACCGCCGCGCUCUCUUCCUUCACAACCACAACAACCACUGCCGCUUCGUUCGCCCCAGUGCGCGCCUCCACGCCUUUGCCAACCAACCCAGACCAACCAAAGCAUUCGCAACGCGUAACCAGCAGCCAACCAACCAGCGCGAGUCCUUUUCAUCCGAGGCUCCAACCAAGUUGAAUACAACGGCGUUUGCUCUCCCUACGCCCCCCCCCGACCAGAUCGCAUCGCUUUGCCUGCUUCUCUCUCCACACGCGCGCGCUUCACAUCAACUUGCUCCCGACGCACGCGAACCAUCCAGAUCGCACCUGCAAAGAUGAUGGGCCAAUUUAAGAACUUUGUCCACAACGACAACAUCUGGCGCAAGCAUUGCGCAGAAGAGGUGCAUCGUCGCAAGAACUGGUCAUCACGAUGGGGCUUCUAUGCAGAUGAGAUGCAAAAGCUGAAGGAGGAGCAGCAGCGCCUGUCUCCUGUGAAGCAGACAAGUUACACCCUCUCAUACAACCCAGAGCUGAAACCCAGACCAGACUCCAAGGACAGAACACAGCUCAAGCUGCCACCAAUCCACCCGCCCCCACGCAACCACGCCAACAACAGUAGCAGCAGCAAUGGCGCCACUUCCCGCGGGCCCACGACAACUAAGAGCACACAGCGCCUUGCACAGACAAACGGCGACACAACACAGAGCCUGGACGCGUCAGCACGAAGCCCGCUCUCGCUCACCUCGCGCGCUGUUGGCAGUCGCAUUGAGCAGCCGCUGGAGAAGUAUGGCGCGUACUGCCGCGGAAAAUGCACGGCCGAGAAGGCGCUUGGAUGGCCGCGGUAUUGAUCGUCUCACGGCGACACAUAUUUGACCACGGUGCAACACACCUCGACUGCCAACCCCUCUUUCUGGCUGGCAUCUCGUUGCUUUUCGUGUGUAUUUGUGUUCAUGUUUGGUGUUUGUUUCGUGCAUGCAUGUGUGUGUUUGUUUCGUGUAUGUAUGUGUGUGCGUGUGUUUGUUUGCGUGUGUGUGUUUGUGGCCUUCUUUGGCCCCUGGCUUGUUCGCAUCCACUUCACUGCUUUCUGUUUUUCUGCUUCCCCCAUUCCCUUUGCUUCAUUACCCACUUACACACGGCUGCAUUCCGUUCUCUCUGUGUGAUGAUGAGUCAAUCCAUCUCCUCGCCCUCUUUGCAUUGAGUGUGCCCUCCGUCCGUGUAUGCUCUUCAUUGUGGAAGGAGUUGUCUUCCAGCUGCUUCCCUGUCCCUGUCCAACCAACCCCCCCCCCACACCAAAUCCAUCACACUACCACCGCCACCACACCCCCUCAACGUGGCUGCACGCAUGCAUUGGUUCACACGUGCGCCUCGCUGCUGUGGGUUUGUUGAUUGCAUGCAUUUGUCAUCGUGCGGUGUGGUCUUUGCUGUUUGCGUAACGGUCAAACAAAGCAAAAUCACAACACCGGCAGGGGUCCCCUUGACGAAACGAAUGUACAGAGAGAG